GUGCCACAUUCUCACAUUCUGCAUAAACAACGACAUAAAAAGGUCCAUCCAUCUCAUUCACCUUGCGAAAGCAUCACUCCCAACGAGCGCAUAUCAUCGUUCCACUUAUCGUUACUCACCUUUCAUUGAAAAACUCUCAAUUUUACGCCAACUCAAAACAUCAUUCAAGAUGCGUUCAUCCUUUGCUAUCCUCGCCAUGGCCGUCUCGGCCAUCUCGGCUCAGUCUGUCAAGACAUACAAGGACUCUCUCGACAUGACCAUCGACCCCAACUCUGUUGAUCUCACCACCAGAUCUAGUUGGUGCGGAGCCCAGCAAAACACUUGCGAUACUCUUUGCUCGGACAACACCGACAAGAACAACUGUAACGACGAUACCCUCAACUGGGAAUGCACAUGCUCCUCCAACAGCUCGGCUCCCGGUCUCCAGUACUACACCCAGACCAUGCCCACCUUCAUCUGUGAAAACCUCUUUGCGCAAUGCAUUUCGCAAACCAACACUCAAAGCGGAAGCGAAGAAUGCAAGAAGAAGAUUCAGUCCAAGUGCGCCGAGCAGAGCCCCCCUAAGAACCUUGCCAGCGACGACGACGAUACCAGCUCCACUGCCACCGACACUGCUACUGCUACUGCCUCAGCCACCAAGACCUCGUCGGACGCUAGUGGCACCGCAGCGGCUGUGUCCACAACAAGUUCUGAUGCCUUUGCUGCCCCUACCAUGGCGCCAGCGGGCAAGGGUGCCGCUGCCGCCGUUGCUCUCGGCAUGUUGGCCUACCUCAUCUAAGUGUUUUCAAGGUUUAAGCGUGGGGUGCCGCGAUCAGCAGUGCCACGACACCAUCCCAGCACCCCACCACGUGCCGUACCUUGCUGGUGGGUGUCGUGUCGGGGUUGCUCUCAGCAGCUUAUUUUCACUUCUACUACCCAUUUUAUUACACAGUACACCUUUUCGACAUGCAACGCGAUACCUUUUGAUGAGUAAAGACCCGAUGAUGCAAGCUUUAGUAAAGCUUGGAUGAGGUAAUGACACGCUUCGGCGUAAAGGUAGGCGGAUUGGGGAAUCAUGGAUUGGCCUGCAAGUGAGUGACAGCCUUGCACAGCCUUUCAGGGGAUGAGAGAAUGGCAACGGCCAUGGUGGUGGUUAUUUGUUUGUGCGUUACCAUCCAAUUCAAUCAUAGCAAGAGGCGAAAUGGAGUAGGAAAACUUUUGAUAUUGAACAAGCAAUGAAGAAACAUCUUUUCUGCAAAA